UUAAUUGGCCUAGAAGUUGACACGCCGCCCCUCAACACCUCUUCAAAACGCUCCACCUUCCAAUCUUCAACGGAUAAAAUAAAGCAAACCAAUCAUGGCAACGGCCACCACCACCACCACCACCACCCGCCUUCUAUCGGCACAUCAAACCCUUGUUCAUUCAACUCUUUCCUCCUUCACAAAACCCACAUCCCUCAAAACCAUCAGACUAGCCACCCUCACCAAACUCCACGUUUCUUCCCCCACCAACAACCCCAUCUCCGCCACCAAACCCUCCCAAGAAACCAUAUUCUUCGACGGCGGAGCACACUACGGAGACCUCGUAGCAAAUCUCCUGUUGGGUUUCACUCUUGUUUGGCUGCCACUCACUCUGGCCGCAGUUCUCAGAGGGUUUUUCUUGCGGUACAGAUUCACGAACCUGCGGGUCACCGUCAUAUCUGGGUUAACGGGUCAGGACAGAAGUGAUUUCUCGUAUAAAGUUAUCAAAGAUGUUCAAGUUGUACCUAGGUUUAUUGGUGAAUGGGGUGAUGUAAUCAUUACUUUAAAAGAUGGAACCAAGGUUGAUUUGAGAAGUGUUCCUAGGUUUAGAGAAAUUGCAAACUAUUGUUCAUCCAUGGCAUCUGCUGAUAAUGAAUUGGAAGACACUGCUGCUGCCAAAGGCUUUUGAUUUUCAUUUUCAAUCUUAUACUUUGAUCAAAACAGACUAUGCAGCACUUGGGUGAUUGUUGGACGUCUUCUUGGAUCUUGAGUAAGGCAUUGUGAAAUGAUGGUCGCAAAGUCGUAAGCUUCUUCCAUGUCCACAUUCUUUAUAAUCCUUUUGUCAAUUACACGGUGUAGCUGGUUCUUGUCAUUUAGAUAUGGUGUAGCCCAUUGUGAGAGUUCUAUUCGCCUUCCGUUCGGAUACCUCUUAACUGCUUUUAAACCUGACAGAAUCUCCAACAGUACUACUCCUAAACUAUAUACAUCAGUUUUUAGUGUCAGAUGACCUGUAUGUGUUGUUGAAAAACAAUAUAGUAGUUAGAAUUUACGGGUAUGGUCAUAUUUAAAAAUAA